AAAACUCUCUAUAAAUCACUAACCAAUAACACCCCCUUAAGGUAAUCUGAAUCCCAAGUCCCUCUCUGUCUCCUUCUCAGCGUCAAAAGUAUCCUCUCGCACGCCAGGCCACCUAUUCUGGGAUAUAUACCAAUAACAUAUGGAGAAAUCAUCAUCAUCAUCAUCAUCAUCAUCAUUUGUUCCUAUCGAAAAUGUUGAUUGGAUAAGCACACUCCCCAAUGAUUUAUUGCUCGUGAUCUUGUCGAGACUGUCCACAGAAGAAGCGGUAAGGACGAGCGUUGUGUCCAAACGAUGGGAACAUGUCUGGAAGCACAUGUCUCAUAUAGCUUUAGACAUGCGAAAGAAGGUUACCAGUUCUAACAAUACCCUCGACGUUACUAAACGGGUUGCUCCACUGAUGACGAAGAUUAUAAACAAUCACCGUGGACAUCUAGAGAGCUGCGUAAUCGACAGUUACACAAACGGGAUGCUGAAUACUUGGAUUGAUUCGCUCACUGGUGUGAGACAGACCAAACAUCUCACACUUAGACGCCAUGUUGGAGAAGAGAAGUGGCAAAAUAGUUGCCGCGACUUUCCCCAAAACUCAUUCUCAUUUGCAAGCCUCACAUCACUCUCACUGUUUUCAUAUACAUUGAGAACCUCACAUUCCUUCAAUGACUGCCAAAAUCUCAAGACGCUCAAACUCUGGGUUACAUUCGCCUCAGAGGCUGGAAUCUUCAACAGAAUCCUCGCAUCUUGCCCUUCCCUGGAGGUGCUUGUACUAGGCGUCGGUUGCUUCAAAAAGGGUGGUCCUUUGAAGAUUGACAACAAGAGAUUAAAGCUCUUGAAAGUGUCAGCUUACGGUGAGAUGGAAGGUAUUAAAGUGACAUCUCCUAGUUUGCAUAUUCUCGCUAUCGAUGAAGUUCUCCCAUGUGAGAGAUAUAACUUUGACCUCACGUCUCCUGGACUCCAGUUUAGUAGAUUCUUGGCAAGGAUAAGCUUGCCUCACGUCAGCUACAACAUAUCAAAGGAGGAAAACUGCAUUGGGCAUGAAGAAUAUGUGAUAAAAUCAGGUGGUGCGUUGUUGAGAAAAUCAUUUCCUGCAUACAUGUCAGUGAGUGUAGAUUUAAUGAAUGCAAGAGAAGUUUCGAGGUUAAGACAAGUCCUACUUGCAUGGACUCAUCCAAUUAGGUUGGAGCUUGAGAUCAUAUUCAAGUUGUUGGCACGGUAUAUAUAUGUGGAGAAAAACAAUGCUCAUAGGGAAGAGGAGGCUUCACCAAAAUACAAAGAGCCGUUCCCCAAUGCUGAAUUUCGCGUGGAUACUUUGUGGAUGUAUAACUUCAGCGGUUCAUCAGAGGAAGAGUUUGCGUUUGUAUCGUGUUUGGUAAGGCAAAAGACUGUGAAAAGAAGGAUGAUGAUCAAGACGACGGGGUUUCCUGAAAGAAACAAGUUGGAGAUAGAAACAGCUGUGGCUAAGCUACGAGCACUUAAAACGAAAGAUCAAUGGGAGCUUACCAUCAAUUGUUUCUGAUAAUUGUUGUCAUCUUUCCAACCUAAUAAUUAUCCUCUUAUAUAUUUAAAAGACUAGUACACAUUUUAACAUUGCAAAAUUAUGGCCAAAUUACCUAUUAAUAAUUGAAAAAGAAGAACAUUUAUUGAAA